AUGACCGAGCAACAACAGCUACAAAAUCCCCAAGCAACAGAUAACUACCCACACCAGAUCACCGGGUCAGGCGGUCCCACCGCCACAGCGCCGUUCCUGCGGGAUUUCAGCCUCGUGGCCGAGGCGGCUAAACGGGCGCAGAUGUCGGUGAUGGUACGCGAUCUGGAGAGCGUGACUCUAUAG